ACACACGUGCAACAACCUCUUGGGGAAAAAGGUCCGUAUCUAAAUUUAAAGCAUGUAAGAAUUAUUAUUUCAAGUGAAGUGUAAACUAUUUUAAUUUGUCAAACGGUGAGAAAAACUCGUUGUAAACAACCCCCCUCAAAAAAUAAAAUUAAUUUAUAUAAAAUUUUUGAAACAAAAAAGUUGUGCUUGGCCUAUUUAAACUUUGAUAGGGACGCAAACUUAAUUUACACCGUGUGAAUUGACACAUUUCCAGUCAUCUUUUCUCAACCUCAAACGGACUGAAGAACAUUACAUUCGAUAUUUAAAAAAAUCGGACGUCUGAAUUCGCUGACAAGACAAUCUUGCAAUUUUUUAAAAAAAGUUGAAGCGUCAAAAUAAUGGAUUUUUCAAAAUGGAUGAGUUUGAUCUUCCUGAUGUCUUGUGUCCCGGUGGCGAGUGGUAAGUAGAGAUGUACACUUUAAGUAUCUGGGGAGGGAUGGGUGGCGUCAAUGUAAGGUCACGGUCUUAAAAAACAAGUACACAUCAGUCUGGGCCGGCCUCAGGCUACUGCAACCUAUGCGGCCGCAGUGGGCCCCGGCACUUUCAUAGGCCCCACUUUCUAAUACAAAAUCUUAAUUUUCACUUAUUAUCCUUAUCCCUACACAGACUGGGCCCCGCGCAAUCCGUUUCGCAUAGGGCCCCGCAAUUGUUAGGGCUGGCCCUGACAUCAGUAGACUUUGUCUGAGGGCAUCAAUGGUAACAUUUUACAAUUGCUAUAAUUUCAUCCAAACAUUUUACGUGGAUGUAUCACCUAAUGACAGUUUGUCCAGACAGGAUAACCCGAUUACAAAAGGACAACUUAAAGAGACAUUUGCAACAAAGCUUUGGUUAAAUGCCUAAAUGAUCUUAUGAGGAUCUUAAAAUGAUUUUGAAAAAAAAUAAAUAGAAAUUAUUGUAUUAAAAUAAGAACUGAUUAAAUAAAAAUAAAAAUAUUUUUAAAAAAGAAACAAACAAAAAACUAAUAAGUUUAAACAUUUAACCAAGAUAGAAAUUACUCACAACAUUAAGCAGAAUUCUACCAUGCAGUUGUAUCUAUCGACCAAACUGCGAAUGCCCUUUUUUGCCUAUAACACUGGGGCAACCAAUAUUCUUUUACACUUUCAACGGUGAAAAUUUUACACAUUUUUGUGUGAGGAAGGGGAAAAAAAAGAAAAAUUAGAAGAAAUAAAAUUGUCUUCUGUUAACACUAAAUAUAAUUAUAAUUGUAUUUUUUCCUUUAAAAAACAAAACACCCCUGUCCCCACCACCCACCCCAUCCCAACCACUCCCCCCCUAAAAAAGGAAAAGAGAAAGCCCCCCCCCACCUUUAAAAUUACUUUAAAAUUUUAAGUAAAUAAUUGAUCUAAUAACAGAUUUUCCAGUUUGUAUAAGGCAGCGAAUUCUAUAAAGCAAUUCUCAUGUUAUAACUAGUCAAGUUUGUAUCGCGUCUAUUAAAAAAAGGUUUUCCCUAAGACAUCAGUCAGGGCCGGCCUCAGGCCUUCCAGUACCCAUUCACAGAUGUUAUUUUUGCUUGACUGGCAAAUUGGCAAUACAUAAAGCUUCCCUUCAUUUAUUCACCUCUGUUUAUUUAUAAAUCUAUAAUUUAUCCUAAAAUUACCUCUAACACGUUAAUUUUUCUAGCUGUCACAUCCACCACUGUGGUGACGUCAUCAACCACCACUACAACAACAACAACAGAUGAAGGAUCUCCGCCACAGCCCUCCGCGACCAAAGCACCCAGUUGCCAGCUACCUUCCGCGGCAACAGCCGGGCCCGGAAUCCACGGCGGAGCAACGGAGAAGCCACCCGGAAACGACGCUCCGGCUGAGGAGGACACGGCGCUGCAGUUUACAGUGGAGCCCAGGGCCGUAGAAGAGGGGCGGACUCCCCGCCUGGAGAUUAGGUGUACGUUUUCCCCUAAACCCACGGAGCCAUUAAGCAGGGUGAUGAUGCUCAGCCUGUUCCGUAUCAGAGAUAAGGAGCCUUACGUUGGCAGAUUUGAAAUCGAGACAGUCAACCUCCGAACCGGCACUAACGUACGUAUCUAAACUAUAACGGGUAUAGAUUAAUAUGCAUAUCCAUAAUAAGCCUAUUGUUAAGCACUGACUUGUAUUGUUAGAAAUUAAUCUCCUAUUUUAAUUUUAUUUUGGCUCGUUGUAAACAGUGUCUAACAAAGGACGAUACCAUAGAGUCAACAAUAUUAAAGAUACGACACCCAAAACAGUUUCUAGUUACAAUUAAUUAAGAUUCAUUAAGUCUUAAGAUAAUUACAAAAGAAAAGAAAAUAUAAUUACACUCUUCAACUUACUGUAUGGUAGAUGUUGGACCGGUACACAGUUAACACAGUUAGAAUAAUGUGCCAAUAAAUAAUGCGAAAUAAACACAUAUGAGCACACAAAUACACAAAGAAUAAAACACGCCUCGUAAAGUUAAUAAAAUCUAUCUGAAUCUCCUCCUCCGUCCGUGCCUGUCAAUCCCUUAUAUAGGUUCUCGUAAGCCCUGCCUUCCAGAAAGACUUAUGACGUUUCUAGAACAAUCACAAUCAUUCUACAAAAUACUAUUUGGAACAGAUUAAUUAUUUUUAGUGGCUGGCGGCAUAAACACGACAGAUCAAACGACUAAGCCACACCCCUCUGUGCACACAGCGUCUCAUGCGGGGUCAAUCAUAGGGCACGCACGAGAAAAAUUAUGUAAACAAACUCUAUAUAACACUAUCUUUGUAUGUUCAUCGGCUUAUUACCUCUUCCCUACUAGGCUGAGUGAAUCAGAAAACCUGUUAUCAUGGAGUUAGUAAACAAAAUUCACCAGUCGGUGGUGAAUAUAAGGAGAAUAAUUACUUACAUUUAUUUUCAUGUCUGAUAUGAUGUUAAAGGGAAGUAACUGAAAUAGUAUUUGAACAUUAUAUGUACAGUAGAAAUUAGAUUACAACGCAUUAAUUGCAAAACACGGGAUGUUCGGAUAACCUAUUUUUUUUCCCGGAUAACCCGACACAACGACGGAAGGGUGGCGUUGAAUACUUCGAUACACGUAUUGCAUAGAACCUAUUCGAACACAAAACAUGUAUGGUGCUUGUAGUGUAUUGUGUUGACAGACCCGUCACUGAACACAAUACAUUCGCACUUAAUUGAAAGAACGUUUCCGCUGUUCGAUUUCUUCCGCUCUCUCUAGAGUGCUUUCGUAUCUAAAGAAAGAACUACUUUGUGAUCAUCAAAGACUUCCGUUUGUUGAUAUCUAAAUAUCUGUAAUUUCUUGUUUUGUCGCGUCUGCUGAAGAAGGCAUUUAGCCGAAACGUCAUUUUUAAGUAUUCUGUCUUUUCUUUUCAAGCUUAAACAUUAUCUUAUUCUACUAUUUAUUUACUUCACGUGGCUUGACCUCAGUCCUGCAUAUAUUAUCCUAUAUUUCAUUUCGAUACAAUUUUCGAUUUCCUAAUACACUUCGCGGUAUUACUUAAACUUAUGCCACUCAGCAAGAUGUCCAAGUGAAAUUUUUCAAAAAUUUGGGGAAUUUAAUAAUUUAUCUUUGUAAUAAAAAGAUGUAUAUAUUUUUUUCUGCACCCCCUCCCCCUUUUAAGGUUUCGAAGGAGCUUUUCAGUAUCUACGGAAAAGCCGAUCCUAAAGGUCUAUCUUACCUGAAUUAUACUAUUAAUAACCCCCAAGAGGCAGACACAGGGACCUACUUAUGCACAUUCAUAGGUCUGAGCACUUCCAAGUACCCGGUCUUCCUGAAAAAGUCAAUAAGAGUAGCGACAUUACAUGAUUCUGGCGUGUUCACGACCCCAAGUCGAGGGGAGGCAUCAACUACACCCGGAACAAAGACAAACCUGUCCCCAUCAGGACAAAACCUGGAGAUGGCCGACGAAUCGAAGGUAGCAUCUGCAGGCAUCGAUGAACUGACGAGGGACCUGAACCGGGUCAGCGCAGCCCUUCAGAACCUCACUGAGAAACUGGCGACAGUGGAAAAGGCUCAAGUGAAAUUUGACAGGAGGAUGGACAGCGCACGGCACUCUCUGUUCGGUUUCCCUAUUGAGCAGCCCUUGAAGCAUUAUUACCUGUCCAAUUACGAGUUUCAGUACUCGCUCGUUGCUCAGGCAACCUGUGAAAUUUUCGGUGGUUACCUCGCGGAGCUCCGCGACUACACCGAGCUCAAAGUUCUUCAGAAUUUAAUACCUUUGAAAAACCCGAAAGUGGACGCCGUACUCAUCGGAGGAACGGACGAGGCUGAGGAGGGGAAGUGGAAGACCAGGUUCAGCUUCAACAACCCGGAGUAUUUUGAAUGGGGCGAAGGGGAGCCAAGCCAGAAUAGAUCUAGGAACUGCCUCGUUCUGUCCCGGGGGCACGGCUGGAGGAUGGGGGACUACCCGUGCCACAACACAGAAUCUAAGACACUAUUUCUGUGCGAGGUUCCCGUCAAGGUUUAGAUGAAGGAGAGAUUGGCAAACAAAGAAGUGGUUUCCACCAUAAAGAAAUUAGGUUAUUAUAUUUUUAAAAAUAAUAAUACAAAAUGAAGCUUUCAUCCUUUGAGAUGUUUCUGUUGUUUUUCAUCUCACUGAUGAAGGCGUUUUCUUUUGUGUGAAUACAGUCAGUCCAUUUUUUUUUUAAAAAUAAUUUCUCGUUUACUUUUUUCUCUAUAUUCUCUAUAUGAAAGUUCUCAUACAAUUAAACAAAAAUAAAGA